GUGUGAGUGACAGAGAGAGAGAGAGAGAGAGACAGAGACGGGAGCGUUUUCAGCGAGAGUGGCGGAGUGUAUGAGUGAUGGAGAGGCAGAUGGGUAGAAAAUAAGAGGAAAAUAAGAGAGAGAGAGAGAGAGAUAAAUGAGGGAGCGGUAGAUGAGAGAUGGCAGGGAUCAACAGUGGCAGAUGACCAGGGAAGGUUAUAGAGUGAGUGAAUAAAACAACCCAGAGACUGCCAAGCGAGGCAGAAGGAUAUCCAGAGUGGGAGACAAACAAGGAGUGAACGAACAAGGCAGAAGUGACAGAACGAGUGAGUGAAUAUAAAAACAAGGAAGAGCGACAGAAGGAGGCAGACAGGGCGUAAAUGAGCGAUAGACAGUGAUAGACAAACUGUGAUCCUUCGGUCGGGAGAAUGAGUGAAGCUGGAAACAUGUUUGGCCCAGAUGACAUCCCAGAAGGCAAAUUAGAGAAAAGGGGCUCCAUCAAGAAGAAGAUAGAGAAGCUAAGGAGAUGGAGCUCCUCCAGCUUAAAGAGACCCUCUAAGAAGACCAAGACCUACAGCCUGUGUUCUCCCACAGAACCACCGGAGGAGACCUGGGUGCUCAAGACCCCAGAAAGGAGGAGGCUCAAACCCAUCGUCGCCUCCGUCUUCGGACAGGACAGAGAUCUACGGCCAGAGGAGAUUGAAGAGCUGAAGGAGGCGUUUAAGGAGUUCGAUAAGGACCGGGACGGCUUUAUCAGCUGUAAGGACCUGGGAGAGUGCAUGAGGACCAUGGGAUACAUGCCCACUGAGAUGGAGCUCAUCGAACUCAGCCAGAACAUCUGUGGCGGCAGAGUGGACUUUGAGGACUUUGUGGAGCUGAUGGGUCCCAAGAUGUUGGCGGAGACGGCAGACAUGAUAGGAGUGAAGGAACUCAGAGAUGCUUUCAAAGAGUUUGACUCCAACGGGGACGGUCAGAUCAGCCUGGCCGAACUGAAGGAGGCCAUGAAGAAGCUGAUGGGGGAGCAGCUCAACAACCCGGAGAUUGACGAGAUCCUCCAAGAUGUGGACCUCAACGGGGACGGCCUGGUCGACUUUGAGGAAUUUGUCCGAAUGAUGUCUCGUUGAGUCUCCUGGUGAGAAGACUCUGAUCACAUGACCUGGAGAGUUAACAAAAACAGCAACGCCUCUACUAAGAUGUUAUGGAUCAGUCCUUAAUAUGGACUUUUACAAUGAAUUACAAUAUUGUUGAUACAUAUUUCAUGUUUUUCUUAUGGUGUAUGUUUGUAUUUAUUUAACAAUCCCUUAUAAUACAAUUUUCUGUUUACUGUUGUAUGACUUUAACAAUAGCUUUAUUUGUAAGACAUUUUCAUUCAUGGUAUUCAAAUUUUUUACUACUCUAUGUUGUUAAUGGCAUCUAUUCUUAAGCAUUCUUAUGUUUUUGAUUUAAAAUAUUUUAGAAAGUAUUGAUCAACAGCAGGGUGAUGGUCUGAUUGUCAAAUGAUACUUAUCAACAGAAUUAUAAUUAAUGUUUAUUCAUUUGGUUAAAUCUAUUAUUUAUGAAUCUACGAGUGUAAGGGUGAUGAAGUGAAUGACAUGAAAUGUUUGUCAAUAUACAUUUUUAUUUAAAAAUUUUUGAAUAACAAUGUAGAUCUUUGGUCAGUUUAUGUUAAGUCAUGCCAAUGUCAAUUAAUCAUAUCUAAUGUAAUAUUGUAUUCAUGUUUAUACAAUAAAAGAAAUGCUAUGGUUUUUAAAUUAAA